UACAGGGACACACUGUCCACAAUGUGCCGCCAUCUUGUGGUGGGCGAUAAAUGGAUGAAUGUAGUUAAGAUUUUUAUUUUUUUUUUAGAGGGACUUCUCAUAAAUACUCGAUGAAAUAGAAGUAAAAAAACAACAACUCGUGUGUUAAAUUACAAAAGUAUAUUUGGGCGAAGUUUGUUGUUCAACAAUGAACAGCUUCACUGAGUAAACCCCGCCUCCACCUGAACACUUGAACCGUACCUGGAGCUCCGAGAGCUCACCUUAGAAACGCGCAGUAACCAACUUCGUGUCCGCCAUGGCGGAGUCUCAGCUCCUUUGUAUGGAUGAUGAACACGUUAACGAGAAGAUACCGGAGUCCAGGCCGGAGUUUUACUACAGCGAGGAACAGCGGGCGGCAAUGGAGCAGUUGCUCCGAAACGGGGACGGUGCCUAUAAGAUGCGCCUAAAGGAGGACAACGUCCGGGACUUUCUCUCCGCCAGAGAGGUGAAAUUCAUCCGCAAAACCUUUCAGGAGUACGACACAGACAGCGACUCUGAGACCGGGGAACAUGAAAAGUCCAAGGAAUCCUCCAGCGCCGACUCCGGCGUCCACUCAACCUACUGGCCUCAGAUGUCCGACACUGAGGUCCCGUCCCUGGAUUUAGGCUGGCCCGGUAGCAACGGCCACUACAAAGGGGUAACCCGAGUGUCCGUGUACACCCACCCACCAAAGGAACCCGGACCCCACAUCAAGGGGGUUGUGAGGAGACUUAUCCAGGAGUCAACUAAGGUUAUAGCAAUAGUCAUGGACCUCCUAACGGACCUUCAGAUCCUGCAGGAUCUGCUGGAUGCCUCAUCAAGACGUGGCGUGGCCGUCUACGCCGUGCUCGAGGCGAGAGGAGUGCCCCACUUCCUGGACAUGUGCGCUCGACUGCAGAUCAACGCAAUGCAUCUGCGGGUGAGGAUUAACCUCAGCAAGGGUGCGGGACUGACGCUGUCCUUUGGCAAACUGCCCGGCUCUCUGAGCUCUAAAUACAUGUUGGUGGAUGGAGAGAAAGUCAUGUUUGGAUCUUACAGUUUCACCUGGACUUCGUCUCGGAUCGACAGGAGUACGAUUACAGUGAUGACGGGACAGACCGUUGACUUCUUCGACAUCGAUUUCAGAGAGCUGUAUGCCGUGUCGGAACAGGUCAAUCUCUACAAGGAGUUCAACAUCACUAAGCCUCCCAUCCCUCAGCCGGUUACGAAGCCGAACGUGGAAAAAGUCCUACCUCUGCCCGUCUCAAUGUCUCGGUUUCAAGUGUCGGUUGGGGAAUCCAGACAGAUUGACCUCAAGGUGCCAGCUCAUAAAUACCACAAUCCUAAAUACUCUCUGGUUUUCGGAAACAGUACAGGCCUCACGGGUUCACUACAAGACCUUUCAAGUUUCCCCCCAACAGAAUCUCUAGAUGGGCAAAGCCAGAUGAAAGGCCCGCAGAGCAGCUUAAUUAAUACCAGCAACAACGUCAGACCAAAGGUGGACCAGGUUGCUCUGAGUCCCAAUUUACACACAGAGGAGGAGGAGGAGGAGGAUCGUAAGGGACCCUCGCCGAAGAAGAACGUGUCACCUGGCAACAAAAAGCCCCGCAGUUCCUUCAGGCACUUUUUAAAGGGGAGAGGGGCCGGUCAUGGCACAGAGACUAUAGAGGAAACUGUCGGUCCUCAGACCCCCGCACCAAUCACCAAAGUGUCAAACACAGGUAGUGUUGCAAGCAGUGAGCUGGAGGACUCGUUUGAGAUCGUGGAGAAACCAGUGACCCUGAAGUCCAAAAUCAAAAAGCCUUCAAAGCUCAUCCAGAGAAGCAUGUCACUGCAGACCAUCAACACAGGAAAAGAAGACGGACACAAAGGCCGACGUCAUCAAAAGAAGAACUGCAUCCAGUCCUGAAACAAGAUUCUGUCAUUUUGUUUAGGAUUUUAGUACUCAAAUUUAUGCAAGCGUAUGGGAAUGACAGUGUCACCUUUCCUUUACAAGAAAAAAACGUCGCUGGGUGUCUGUUGGUGUUUAUUUGACCGUGUGACAACAAGCGGAAGAGGAUCCAACGAUCCCGCAGCUGAAAGUGCUACAUACGUUUUCAAAGACUUUGUCCUUUUCAGUGUUCAACAUUGUUUCGCAGUCUAAGUGUUCUUCCUUUGUUUUGAAGCCACAGCGAGCCGACAUUAACCUGGACAGCCUCGGUGGGAGGAUGACGUCACGUCUUUGUUGCCAGGGCAACAGGAAAUGUGAUCAGGUUUUGCCGUUGUCCCUGAAUUUCACCUUCCAAUGUCUAGGGGGAAACAAAGGCAGAAGACUAAAGUGUCGGUAGACUGACUCUGUGGAGCUGUGACUGUUGUGUUGUGUGCGAAUGUAAACGUAUGACAUGAAAUGUGAUUCUUGAGCAAUAUAAAUUCACUUGAGACAAGAUUUUCAUGGUGAAAAGUAAAUAACCUUUUUAAAAAAAAUAAACUUU